UCAAAAUAUAUAAUCAAAAAAUAUUAUCAUGGAGCAAAGCGAAGAAAGUGAAACAUCCAACACAUCAAAUGCUGCUAAAGCAGAUAUUUCUCCCAAGUCAAAACAAAAAAAAAAAUUUCUUUGCCGUAUGCUUAUGAAUAAAAAAACUAAAGUUGGAUGUUUGGAAACAUCUUACAAAGAUGGUAAUACAAAGAAAACUUCUAAAGCAGAAAAUUCGCAACAUGGAUCACAUACUAGUACAAAACUUUCAUUGUGCUGUGCCAUGACUGAACGCAGCAAUACACCACCACAAAGUUUGACUGUCAGUAGAUUAUCCCCAACCACAUUAAGUCGUAUGUCUGUAAAAUCCGAAGUAGAUUCUGUUAAUGGAAAUUGCCAAAUGGAUGUAUUAAUGGAAAAGGAAGAAGCAUAUACACCAAGUAGUACACGUAACAUUGAAGGAAAUGUCUUGGAAAAGAGUAAUAUUUUUGUAGGAAAAGAGCAGCAGCAAUGUACUUUUGUUGAAGAUUUAACAGAAGAUUUAUUUGAGGAAUCAUCAGAAGAUGAGAAUGAACUCUUGAUUGAUAAUGAAAAACAUGAAAAAAAAUUAAAGAAUGAGUAUUUUACAAAAGGAAAGUAUAUUACUUAUUUCUUCUUGGAAAUGGAACGGCAGUUCUACAAUCCUCAUGAAGUUUACAGUAUGGUUCACUAUAAUGAAUCUAACAAUAUUGAAAAACCAGGAAAAGAAGGUGAAAAUUCGUCGUCUGGAUCCAUUUCUCCAAAUGUUCCUGCAUAUAUAAGAGAAAAACUAAUGCAUAGGCGAUCUGCGGAUAAUUUAGUAGUAAAUUCACCAACUAAUUCUAUGCGACAUUCAAGUCCAGAAUCUAUAAGAAGUGCACCUGUUCAAAUCAAACCACGUUCUACAUCUCAUGAUGCUUUGUCCAAAAAAAGAGAAUGUCGUCAUCAAUCACAAACAAUUGGAGUGUCUAUGGAUAGUUUAGCAAAACAAGCAUUGCUAGCUGCUCAAGUUCUUAAUCUAAUUCCUACCCAAAAGGCACGAGAAAGAAAUUUUCUUCAUGGAAGAAUUGCUGCAAAUUCAUUGCUCGGACCUGUAGAACUUGAGAAAGUAUUACCAAAUCGUGAACUGAAAAUUUUUGUUGGAACAUGGAAUAUGAAUGGACAGAAUCCACCAAAAGAGUUAAAUGACUUUAUGUUACCGUCAGAUAUAGAAAUUGUUCCGGACUUAUUAGUGAUUGGAACACAGGAAUCGUGUUCUGAACGAAAUGAAUGGGAAGCAGCUUUGCAAGAAACUCUUGGCCCUUCCCAUGUAUUACUUUUUAGUACUGGUUUAGGUACAUUACACCUUGCUCUUUUUUUGAGAAGAGAUUUAAUUUGGUUCUGUUCCAUUGCUGAAGAUGCUAGUUUCUCUACUAGAACAGGCACUGCUUUUAGAACAAAAGGAGCAGUAGCUAUAGCAUUAAUGUUAUUUGGUACAAGUUUCCUUUUUGUUACUGCACACUUAACCGCACAUCAAGAUAAAGUCAAAGAACGAGUCAAUGACAUUAAAAGAAUAGUUCGAAAUCUUGAUCUUCCUAAAGACUUACCUAUAAGACAUAAAAGCAAAGAUGUAACUCAAAAUUUUGAUUGCGUAUUCUGGUGUGGAGACUUGAAUUUUCGUUUAGCUCAGCCAAGAGAAGAAGUUAUUCAGUGGGUAACAGAUACAAGUUUUCCUCAACAAUCACCAGUAAAUUUACGUAAAGACCAAUUACGUGCAACUCUUAACGAAGGAUCUGUUUUACGUGGAUUCGAAGAAGCACCAAUUACAUUUCCACCAACUUAUAAAUAUGACCCAGGAACACAGAAUUUCGAUUCCAGUAGCAAGCAACGCACACCCGCAUAUACUGACAGAAUUCUCUUUAAAGGAAAAGGAAAUACGCGAGGGUAUAUAAGAAGAGUUAGUCAUGAAAGCACAAAUUCCUAUAAAGAUGGAGUUAUAGAGUGUUUGGUAUAUGAUUCUGUUCCAAGCAUUUGUACUUCAGAUCAUAAACCAGUAUGGGGUGUUUUUAAAACAACUAUAAGACCUGGUAUUGACACAAUUCCUCUUGGUGGUGGUUUAUUCAACCGUGAAGUAUAUUUGGAAGGCAUAAAAAGACGAGCAGCUGCUAUGGAUGAUUCACAUGGAACUUCAAAAGUAUGUUCAAUUCAAUAA